CAAUUAAUUUAUCUAUGCUGUGUAUACAAUUCGAUUUAUUUGUUUAUCAUACAUAAUACAACGUUAAAAAGACUGCGAAGCAUUAUCGACCAAACAUUGAGUUUCCUGACGCAAGUUCAGAUUGUAAACCAGCUGUUGAAAGUUCGAAUUAACCAUAUAACUUCUCGGUAGAACGUUAAUUUAUAUUAUGCAACAUCGCAGUAAGUCAAUAACAAUAUAUUUUUGUAGAGCAAAGUUAUACCGUCGUACAUCUCGCUUUGAGAAUUUCUUACUCAAGUAUCUUUGCAAUGGACGUUUUCAAAGAAACGCAACAAGAAAAAGUUGAAGAAGCUCCUUCCAUAAAUCACUCGGAGACGAAGGAAUCAUCCCAUGAAUCCGAUCUAAUUUAUGGUAAAAAACUGCAAUCCCCGAUACUCGGUUAUCAUCAUCGACUUCCUGAUUUACCAACAAAUUCCAUACCACUCACAACUCUGGAUACAUCCUUAUUGCAUAUUCCUGUUUACGCCCAUUUAAAGAUAUACGAUCUGAAACCGGUGCAGCUACCGGAGGCACCAUCAAUCUUAUCGACCUUGCAUCCGCAAUUUUCAGAGGGUACUAUGCUCAAUGAAUCCUCAAAGGAAAUAUCGUCGACGGCGCGAUUAAGCGAGGAAGAUGGAGUAUCGGCUUCAUACAGCGCACGAAGUAGUACCAAAAUUGCGAAUAAGAAACGACAAACGGAAAUGUAAAACAGUCAUCUCGUCUAUUAUAUAUUCCUGAUACUUUUGUCAAUUUUCAAUAUUUUUUGAGAUUUAAAAUCCCGGAUGUUCUUGAAAUUCUUAAAAAAUUCUCGAAACUUUAGAUAUCGCAACUUUCACGUCAAUUAUAUUCUCCUGAUACUCUGUCAGUUUUUGAAUCUCUUGAUUUUUCACACAAUUUGAAAUCUCAAAAUCUCAAAAUCUUCAAAAAUUCUUACUUAAAAAAUUCUUAGAUUUUUUUAAAUAAAAUUCGACCUCUUUACUUAUUAUGCUCUUCUAAUACUUUUCCUAUUUAGAAUUUAGAUUUUUACAUUAAAAUUUUUUAAUUAAAAUUUUAGAAAUUAUGAUUUUUUUAAAAUUUUUAUUAAUUUAGAGCAUAGGAAUAGAUGUGGAGCGAUAUUUAUAAGGCUGUUUUGUAUUGUAUGCAUGUUUUAUUACAUUUGAUAAAAUUACAAAAUAUACAUUAUUAAUGUCAUUUUCCAUGUAUAAUCUUUUGCGCAUAAGUGUUUAAUGCGGCAAAGUGGGAUUUAUUCUAAUUUAAAAAAAAAAAAAAAA